CCCCUCUCGCACAAACCACCACAACUUGAUGCCUACAAAGAUGCAGGCCGACCAUCCACCCGUCCAGUUCACGACGAACCUUGCCGAGCAGGAUGCGAGGGAGAUCCUCCGUCGCGACCGUCUCCGCGCGCAGAUGCUCCUCGCGCAACACCAGCCCCAUGGGCCGCUCGCCUUCAACAUGAAGGCAGGCACUCAGCCGGAAAAGGUCAAGAGCAUCGCCGUCACUGACGCAGCGGUCACGUAUACAUGUGCUGUCGACAUCGGUACUCCACCGACGAAAUACGACCUUCUCAUUGACACUGGGAGCUCCAAUACCUGGAUUGGCUCUGGCAAGAAAUACGUCGUGACCAAGUCGAGCGAGAACACGCGCCAGCCCUUCCAAAUCAGCUACGGCAGCGGCUCAUGCUCUGGAACGCAAUAUAUCGACCACGUUAGCCUCGGAGAAGGCCUUGACAUCCCCAAGCAGUCCAUUGGCGUCGCUAGCAAAGCUGACGGCAUGAACGGCAUUGACGGCAUUCUGGGCAUCGGGCCCGUCGACCUCACGCAAGGAACUGUCCAAUGGGGUGAUCGCAUCCCUACGGUCACUGAUAACCUAUACAAGAAUAAGACGAUCUCUACCGAGAGCAUCGGUAUCUUCUAUCAGCCCACCACUUCGGUGGAUCCCGUCCCGAACGGCGAGCUUACUUUCGGCGGUGUCGAUACCUCGAAGUGUCAGGGCGAGAUCACCUGGGUCCCUAUCACCAAGAAGUCGCCCGCAGACAAGUACUGGGGAAUCGACCAGACGGUCACUUACGGAGAGCACGGCGAAACGCUGAUGAAGAAUUGUGCCGGCAUCGUCGAUACUGGCACGACUCUCCUGAUGAUUGCCACCGACGCCUUCGAUGCGUACAAGAAGGCGACGGGCGCGAAGGUCGAUGAAGCCACCGGUCUUCUGACCGUAACGGCCGAGCAAUUCAAGAAGAUGAAGUCCUUGUACUUCAAGAUCGGCGAGACUACCUUCGAGUUCACCCCCAACGCACAGAAGUGGCCUGCCAUGCUGGGCAAGAUGAUGGGUGGGAAGGAGGGCCAGAUCUACCUCAUCCUUGCCGAUAUGGGUGCGCCGAGUGGGCAGGGCUUGGACUUCAUCGACGGAUUCGGCUGGCUUCAGCGCUUCUACUCGGUCUACGAUACAACGAAUGGCCGUGUUGGGAUCGCGAACACCAAGUAUACGAAGGCGGAGAGCAAUUAGGACGAGGAUAUGGUCAGUCGAGCGUAAUAGAUACGGACAUACGCAAGAUGGACUUUCGAAAAGACGGACGGUCUCGCAUAUCCAAAUGUAACAUUAGUGACGGAUAUUUGAAUUGGAACUGAGCAAGUU